AUGGCUGUAGAAGAUAUCCCUACACCAUCAUUAUGGUAUUACGAUUUACUCAACUUCUCGAAGGAUCAAGAAACAACUAGAAGUUCAAUAACUAAUAUCAAAACAGGAAACAAUAUUCGGGUACCUAUCGAUGAAGAUUUAGAAGGAAAUAGAAAUAUUGAUGAAGAUUCUGAUUUAUUUUCGGAGUCAACGCAAUCACCCGCUCCCUCAACAGCAUCUACAAAGACAUCUCGUGGUAGUAAUAUAAAGAAGAGGCCAAGAGAAGAUAUUCUUAGUAAAAUUAAUGCCCAUCUCAGCGGACCCACUCCGACAGACCGCUGA